AUAAUAUAGUUCUUAUUCCUUUUCCUUAUACCAUGCUCACAAUUAAUUAUUAAACAGCAAUUAUAUUCCAGCAUUUCUAUUUCCAAUUCCACGCCUGGCUAUUAGGGUAUGAAAUAUUAUUGUAUGAUUUAUAUUUUAUAGUUUAUAUCCUAAAGGCACCUGGAAGUGUUGAAACAGGCCACAGACAACUAGACAAGUAGACAACAGCCUCACUUGACACUCUACACAUUAGGUAUUUUCUGUGCCUCACGUGACACUUCUUCACUCCCCAAGCUCAGUGUCAAGACUCGAAAAUCCUGUGGUUUGAUCUGAAUACCUGGUGAAUAUUGAAUAAGUCCUUGAGUAGUAAUCACAUCCUUUAACAGGUCUUGUUUUGAUCCUCAAAUGUUUGUGGGUUUAUUCGGUGUUUUUUCAAUGACAACCUAACAGCAUUGAAAAUAACAACAAGAUCACCAAGAUAUCAUGAUGUUUUCGAGUAAAAUACGUUUUUUUAAAAUCGCCAUCCAGCCGUCAUUUGUGUUCAGAACGUACAAAAAUGUGAAGGCAAAACCUAACAGACAGUUGCAGAACAACAAUGUCAAAGGCAACCCUGGGGGCAAUCGUAUGUUGGCCAUGGUCCUGGAUGGAGAAUCUCCAGACGCAUCUGACGUGACAUUUGAAGAUCUCGAAGACGGCGAUAAUGAUAUGCUGGAUUCGCAUUUGUUAUAUGAUCAGCAUAUGAAAGAAAUUAAAAAACAAGAACAACUUAAAUCAUUUCAGAACAUUAAACGAAAGUAUUUCAAAAGUAAUAUUGUACAGCCUAAUUUUUUAACAUACUUUGAAAAACAACAAAUUAAAAGUUUACAUGAUAAAUCGCCUAAAGAAUGGACUCCUCAAACAUUAUCAACAUGCUUCCCAGCAUCACCAGAAGUUAUUGUUAAAAUAUUGAAAUCUAAAUGGAUAUCGGAUGAAGGUCAAAAAAUAUUAAGGCAUGAUAAAUUGGUGCAGCAAAAUUGGGAACGUUUUCGUAAUGGACAGUUUAAAGAUAUUUUAUCUGAUGAACUAAAAAAUCAUUUAGGAAAAUUUUCAGAACGACGACCUACGUUAAUUACACCAAAGCAAGCCGAAGCUCAUAUUCCUAAACUAGCUGCAGAUUAUUUAAAGCCCCAGGAAUUUGGACAAAUUAUAACUAGUUACCUUGGUGAACUCACCAAUCCAAUUGAUGAACCAAUUCAAAUCGAAACUAAAGAUAAACCAAACAUCGAGUUGAUUUAUGAAAAUGACACAACAACUAAAAGCAGUAAGAGACAUUUUACAUUAGACGAAUUCAAAAGUGAUUCUCAAAAAGAAUCUUUUUCAUUGUAUACUACACCACGGACUUUGCCAACCAAUGAUAAAAGUGUUGACGUAGAAAAAGUUACAGCUAGUUUACAAGAGAAUACAAGCGUAAUUUCACGCAAAGAAGUUUCUGCAUUUAUUGAUACGAUAAACGAUUAUCCACUUGCUAUUCGAAUACCUAAAAAAGUUUGGAAAGAAGGAUAUAUGUAUAGAGUCAAUGAUUGUUUUUAUGAUGAUAAUGGAGACUUUUUGUAUAGAGUUCCAGGUUUAAUUAAUGAUGAAAAUAGACAACAAAAGCAAUAAUAAUAUUCAAUUGAUUUGAUUUAUUAAUGUUAUUAAUAUUGAUAUAAAUAUAUAUUUUAUGCUACCUAUUUGUGUAUAAUAAAAAUAUUGUUAAUGUAAUCUUACAAAAUAAAUACUAUUAUAUUAA